UGGGGCAAGUGGCCAAUGGCUUCAUACUCCAUUGUAGCUUUCACCUGCGUGUAUGUCCUAAGGAUAUUUGAACAGUUCAAAGACGCUCUUGUUUGCUCAGGAAUCCUGGACAAUUGCCUUCAAUCCUUUGAUGCUAGCGACCUCCAGCUGUUUCACCCCUCGCCUCAGGGCUGGAAAGGAGCCGAUGGCGUCCUUUGCUUUUCUGAGGUGGAUGAGGGGACCGGAGAAUGUGCGGACUAUCUCGGAGAUGGAGUGUCAGAAGAGGAAUGCUGCCUGAACAUUAAAUACGCCUUUAAGGCGGAUGAACAUUCCCCAUGUGUGGGCUGUCGCCCGGCCGAGUGGUCUCAGUGGAGCGAGUGGUCUGCAUGUACGGUGUCAUGUCAGGAAGGUAUUCAGGAAAGACAGAGGAUCUGCAUAGGACAAGGGGACUGUCAAGGAGAGAAAGUGGAGGUCCAGUCUUGUAGCCUUCAAGACUGCUGUCCUGAGAAAGGAGGUUGGUCCUCAUGGUCCUCAUGGUCCUCAUGCUCCGUUACAUGUCAGGUUGGACAAAGGCAACGGACCAGAGAAUGCAACAAUCCUCCCCCGUCCUGUAAUGGUGAAUGCAUCGGGCACCCUAUAGAGGUCGAAAAAUGUGACACGCAACAAAUUUGUCCAACUCAUGGCUCUUGGGGUAACUGGGGGCCAUGGAAUCCAUGUUCCUCUAGCUGCACUAAAGAAGGUUCUGGGAUUUUCCCAGUUCAAAGUCGUUUUCGAGAGUGUAAUAACCCCCCACCCUCAACAAUCCCGCCCGGAAAACCAUGUGAGGAAAGUAGGCAGGAUACCAGAGAGUGUCGAGAUGUUCCCUUCUGUGAAGUCGAUGGACAGUGGGGGUCAUGGCAGGCCGACUCGGAUUGUUCUGUGACCUGCGGCGUUGGGCGGACAAGACAGAAAAGGCUUUGUAACAACCCAGCUCCCCGCAACGGAGGAAAAGAUUGUGCGGGACCUUCGAUCAAACAGAUCAUCUGCAAUACAAAAAAACCUUGUCCUAUCGAUGGGAAGUGGACCGAGUGGAACGAGUGGUCCCCGUGCGCCCGUUUGCAAAAAGAUAUUAUUAGAUGUAAACAACGAGUUGGAAACCAGUUCAGACAUCGGACGUGUGAGGGCCAGGCCCAUGAGGGGAAAUGGUGUGAGGGGAAGCACCGGGAAAGCCGCGGCUGCUAUGACAUAAAUGGAUGUGGCGUUUCAGGAUCCUGGACAGAAUGGAGCUCAUGGGGACUGUGUUCAGCCCCGUGUGGACAAUCUACGAAAUCAAGAUACAGGGAGUGUUCACCGAAAUACCCCGACUAUCCGGACAUCGUGGAAGGAGCCGUUAGGGCUGUAGAAGUAUUUUUCUGGGGAACUCCCAAACCAAAAUGUGAUCCCAUCAAUGGGGAAGCUUUAAAAAUAGAGGAGACAAAAGAGUGUAAAAAUCUUCCGGAAUGCUCUUAAGACUUAUCCUGCGGACUUCCAUCCCAAAUAAAAAUAUCCAAAAAGAAAGUAAGGAAGCUGCACUCACCCACGAGAUUCUUGCCAGGGAAAUAGCUUUAUUGUACAGUGAUCCCUCAACUUACAAUGGCCUCAACAUACAAUAGUUUCAACAUACAAUGAUCUUUUCUGGACCAUUGUAAGUUGAAACCAGACUCAACAUACAAUGUACAGACAGUCCAGAUCUGCAAAACCAUUCAAUGGCCGGAAGAACCUACCAAUCAGAAUGGACAUUCACUGGUAAAACCCCUGUAUUACUGAAGCGUAUGCACUGACUGGUGUCUGGUAGCGCCCCCUACAGGACAGGGAGGUAUUACAUGUUCUGUACUCUUUACCUGUAUUACUGAAGCGUAUGCACUGACUGGUGUCUGGUAGCGCCCCCUACAGUACAGGGAGGUAUUACAUGUUCUGUACUCCUUUACCUGUAUUACUGAAGUGUAUGCACUGACUGAUGUCUGGUAGUGCCCCCUAGAGUACAGGGAGGUAUUACAUGUUCUGUACUCUUUACCUGUAUUACUGAAGCAUAUGCACUGACUGCUGUCUGGUAGCGCCCCCUACAGUACAGGGAGGUAUUACAUGUUCUGUACUCUUUACCUGUAUUACUGAAGCAUAUGCACUGACUGGUGUCUGGUAGCGCCCCCUACAGUACAGUGAGGCAUUACAUGUUCUGUACUCUUUACCUGUAUUACUGAAGUGUAUACACUGACUGGUGUCUGGUAGCGCCCCCUUCAGUACAAGGAGGUAUUACAUGUUCUGUACUCUUUACCUGUAUUACUGAAGUUUAUGCACUGACUGGUGUCUGGUAGCAUCUCCUACAGUACAGGGAGGUAUUACAUGUUCUGUACUCUUUACCUGUAUUACUGAAGCAUAUGCACUGACUGCUGUCUGGUAGUGCCCCCUACAGUACAGGGAGGUAUUACAUGUUCCGUACUCUUUACCUGUAUUACUGAAGUGCAUACACUGACUGGUGUCUGGUAGCGCCCCCUACAGUACAGGGAGGUAUUACAUGUUCUGUACUCUUUACCUGUAUUACUGAAGUGCAUGCACUGACUGGUGGCUGGUAGCGCCCCCUACAGUACAGUGAGGCAUUACAUGUUCUGUACUCUUUACCUGUAUUACUGAAGUGUAUACACUGACUGGUGUCUGGUAGCGCCCCCUUCAGUACAAGGAGGUAUUACAUGUUCUGUACUCUUUACCUGUAUUACUGAAGUUUAUGCACUGACUGGUGUCUGGUAGCAUCUCCUACAGUACAGGGAGGUAUUACAUGUUCUGUACUCUUUACCUGUAUUACUGAAGUGCAUACACUGACUGGUGUCUGGUAGCACCCCCUACAGUACAGGGAGGUAUUACAUGUUCUGUACUCUUUACCUCUAUUACUGAAGUGCAUACACUGACUGGUGUCUGGUAGCGCCCCCUACAGUACAGGGAGGUAUUACAUGUUCUGUACUCUUUACCUCUAUUACUGAAGUGUAUGCACUGACUGGUGUCUGGUAGCGCCCCCUACAGUACAGGGAGGUAUUACAUGUUCUGUACUCUUUACCUGUGCCAGGGCUAGCUGCUCCUUUGGACACCAGGUGAGAGCGGCUCCAUGUUACUUUUUUAGGACACUGUGUACUGUACAGGACCUUGAAGAAGCUCCUGUCCUCUACAUAGACCAGUGUUUCCCAACUAGGGUGCCUCCAGCUGUUGCAAAACUACAACUCCCAGCAUGCCCGGACAGCCGAAGGCUGUCCGGGCAUGCUGGGAGUUGUAGUUUUGCAACAGCUGGAGGCUCCCUGCUUGGGAAACACUGACAUAGACCGUGAUUUACAGCUCCCAGCAGAUCUUUCUUACUUUUAUAUAUAAGGAUUUGCUUUAUCUAUAUUAGUUAUCUACUUAAUUUUUCUUUAAUUUUCACUUCUUCCUAUUUUUGGAUGACAUUUUGGGGCUUCAGAACCAAUUACCAAGUUUCCAUAGAGUUAUGGUCUCAACAUACAAUGGUCUCAACAUACAAUGGUCAUCCCGGGAACCAAUUAAUAUUGUAACUUGAGAGACCACUGUAAUGUCUUCCAAAAAGGCAAACAGGAGUCGAAUGAGCGGGAAGCAGGAGACGAAGCUCUGGGGUGCGGGGGCGUACCACUAGAUGUGUGUUGCUCUAUUAAAGAUGUGUGAAGAAACACGAAAGAUUCUGCAGCUAUAAGUGAGUGCCGGGACUUCAUUCUACUUACUACAUUCGUUUUUUGGUCUUCGAGCUCCACCUGAUAUACACAAGUGCCGACUCCAUCAGAGCGCGUACCACUGACCGGAAGAAGAGUCUUCAUGACGUGAAACUAGUCGCCAUCUAGUGGUACGCCCCGCACCCGAGAGCAUCGUCUCUCGCUCCCCGCUCAUUCGACUCCUGUUUGCCUUCUUGGAAGACACUUCAAUAAAGCAAUUUCCAUGGCAAGAAUCUCCUGGGUGAGUGCAGUGUUCUUACCUUCUCUUUGGAUUUUUUCGUGUGAAUAUCUACUGUGGAUGCUAGCGCCCCCUUUCAGCUACGGAGGUGUUGUGGACGCCACGGGUGCCGUGCCUGAUUGCCGCAGUGUCUUUUGUUCCUCUCCGUCCCAAAUUGUUGAUCCAAUUUAUAUUAUUUCUGUCUUCAUGCCGGGGGGGGACUUUUAUUCCUAAGAAAGCAAUGGAAUAUCAUACACAACCGCCAUAUCAUGAUGCUUUUAUGUAUGUGCCCCCCCCCCCCCCCGCGUCUGCACCGACAUUAUAAUCCUGUCAUUUUGUCAAAGUUGCUGGAAUUUGAUGUAUAAAACAAAAAAGUCUUUUUCGCAAACACAAAUCUC